AUGUACUAUCCAACGUCAGCCUUAAACCCACUCGUCUUGUACUAUCGAUUGGUUGUCAGUCCCUGUCCGAAGCUUAAACCGCGCACUGAAAUCAAGAAGGAGGGCUGGUUGAAGCUUGGAGUUCAGCUAUAUGGCGGCGGCACCUGGACCACCUGGUUCGACCGUGAUCUAACC